UUAGUCAUGUGGGUAUCACGUGAUGAAUCAUCAAAUCGGCGACCUAUUUGCCUUGCAAGAGCAGCGUGUGAGACUUUAUGAUGAAUUCGAGCGUGCACAUCGACUGUAUCUCCAGACUGCACCGGAAUUUAGCGGAUUUGCUGCUUACCGACAGACGGUGCACGAACUAACGCAGAAAUUUUCGAGCAUUUCUGUGGGUGUGAUGUCUGUUGAGGAGAAACUGAUGGAAGAGAAGAAGAUGGAAUUAGCACGACUUGUUCGUUGUUUACAGAACGAAGAAAAGAGAAAAUUGGAACUGACAGCUGAAUUGCACGUGAGCAAGAAGAAUGCAGUAGAAUGUGGACGAGAUUUGGCUGACGACGAGACUGUAGUUAGAAUCAUCACAAGCAUUAGAGAUGUGAAGUCAAAAAUUAAUGAGCAUCUAAAGGACAUUAGAUAUGAAGCAGAACCUAUUUUAUUAGGCGAGUGAAGAGAUAUUGGCUGCAAUUGUAAUGUGUGUGUGUGUGUGUGUGUGUGUGUGUGUGUGUGUGUGUGUGUGUGUGUGUGUGUUUACGUGGACAUAAAUAAAUUUUGUACAGAUAGAAAUGUAUU